AUGAAUUCAUUAAUGUGUUCUUUAUUGAUUCAUUCCCACGAUCUGGCCUUACUAGGUUCUGAACCAAAAUGUUAUUGGACUGACAAGGAGACUGGAAAUUUCAAAAUUGAAUUUGAUAAUGACUUCAUUUUUGAUAUUUCUCAAACAAAAAGUAUUAGAUUGAACACUAACGUAUUUUCAAAAUCCAAGGUAGCUGAUUUUAUUGGAUUGUCAUUAAUUUUGUCAGAGGAAAUGCAGCAACCAAUUUCUGUUAUCCAAACUACAAAGAAACUCUAUUCAACUUCUGAAAAUGUUCAUAUCAGUGGUGCAAAUAGUUUUUCAGGAGACAAGAAAGGAUUAGAAUAUUAUUGGGAUGUUAGUGGAAAUAUUACUAGUAAUUUAUUUCAGUCCAUCAGACUGAUUCGAGAUCCAAUACUUAAAAUUGAUAAGGGAAAAUUAACUAGUGGUUUUUAUACCAUAAAUUUGAUUGUAAAAAGCCAAGUAAGCAAAUUAGUAAGCUCCCAGUCCUCAGAAAAUAUUGAAAUACAAAAUGUUGAAUUUCCCUCAGUUGUUAUUUCAGGAAAAAAGGAAUUGGUUAUGCUCUCAACUGAAAAGUCAGUUAUUAUUAAAAAGACAACAAGUCUUCCUACUUCAUUGAAAGAUAAGGAAAUGAAGGUUGAGUGGCAACUUGUUGCAGGACCGACAAUCAAAUUUGAGAAGGAUUCGUACAAUAAUUUACUGAUCCCACAAUUUUCAACUGGAAAACGUGUCUAUAGCUUCAAAGUUUCAAUUUAUUCUGUUGAAAAUCCUUCAUUAACCUCAAGUGAUACUGUAAUAAUUAAUACUGAACAACCAUCCCUCACACUUUCACUUAUACUAACAAAGAACUCAAAUGCUUCUCAAUCUUGUCUACAAAUUAAUUUUCAAGAUCCUGAGAAUAAUACAGAUGAAAUAGAAGUUUGGAGUUGGACCUGUAUUGAUUCAGAAACAUUUGGUUAUUGUGGAGAUUUCAUAGUUGAGAAAAUGUAUCAAUACGCAAAAGACCGUUCUAGUAUUGUUGUGGUGGCAAAAGAGGAUUUCUCAAAUCAAUUAAUUAAUCCAACAUUCACACUUACAAUUACAAAAGGAAAAAGAUUUGUUUCCAGUUCCAUCACUUUGAAAAUUUCUCAUCCGCCUCCAAUUGUUAAUGUUAUUGAUAUUUCACCUAAAUUGAAAACAAAAAUUAAUGACAAUGACAAGAUAUCCAUAGAGAUUAAACAUCCUGACCAAGAUCCAGCAGAUUCAACUCUGUCAGUGAAAACUCAAUGGAAAAUUGAUGGCACAAUUGUUUCUGAAUGUGAAACCUCAAAAGUUUCUAAUGAAAUUCAAACAAUAUCCUCCACAAUUUCUUCUCCAUAUAGUAACAUCAAGAUUGUUAACAAGAAUCAACAAAGUUCUAUUAUUGUUGACUCAAAAGAAUUAGAGUAUGGAAUGAAACAUUCAAUUCAACUCAAAGUUUCGUUUGUAAAUAAGAACCAUGAUGAAAUUGCAGCCUCAGAAGUGUUCAACAAUUUUGUAAAAUCCCAACCCCCAAAGAAGUGUCCUUGUAAAAUCUCUCCUUCUACUGGUAUUUCAAUGAAGACUGACUUUUCAUUCAGUUGUGAUAAUUGUCAAAACGAAGACAACACAAUUGAAAUCAAACAAGGAUACAUUGAUAGGGAAACUGGAAUUAAAGUUUCUGUUCCACUGUCACAAGAUUCCACAAUGAAAAUACCUUCCAUUCCAUCCUCUUUGAAUGAUGAAACUGUUACUUUAUUCAUUGAAUUGAUUGACACCAAUACAGGUGAAUCAAGACUUAUGAAGUCUAUCGUUACCGUUAGACCAGAUACUGUUUCAAGUUUAUCUGAAAUAAUGGAGCAAGUCUCGAAUCAAACAAACCUUAUUUCCGCCUUUGUAAAGGAUGGUGAUACAAGUAGGAGCGUUUCUCAAACAAUCAACACUGUUAUUUCAACCACUCAACUGCUCCAAAGUUUGCCAUCAACUUCUAAGGAUUCAUCAAUUAUCAGCUCAAUUCAAUCCAAGUUACUAGAUACCUUGGCUAGUUCAGUUCAAACUGCUGGUAAGGAUUCUGCUCCAGAAUCAUCAGCAAUCACAAUUUUAGCUGUGAAUGCAAUGAUUAAAAGUGAGAAUAGAAUGGAAACUCCAGUCAUCAGAAAAUCAAUUACAGUUCUUAACAAUGUUAUACAAUUGACAAUUAAGAGUAAGGUAGAUAUAUUCUCUCAAUCAUUCAAACCACUGAUGAAUACUAUUGGUACUCUUAGCACACAAGUUUCAAAGAUGAAAUUGUUGAGAGAUCAAUUCGAACACUACGAGUCCAUAGCAAUAAUUGCUAAAGAUUAUGUUCUUUCUUUCGUUCAGGUCCAAUCAGUGUCUGUUGAUCCAGCUGCUCUACAACAAGAGGUUGCUAAUGUAAAGGCAGACAAGGUUUAUUUAACAGAUUUUUCUUCAUCUAUUGUGACCUCUCCUCCAACCAAAGAAAGAGUUAUUUCUUAUCAAGCUUAUGUCAAAAUACCAUCGAUUGAGUUUACUGAAAUUAAUGAGUAUGCAGAGUUGACAUAUUGUAUUGUGAUGAAAGAUCAUGUUCCCACAAUUUUCACACAAAUAAUUGAACAAGAUUUGAAUAUCUCAUCCUUAAUAGUAGUAUCACCACAGAGUGUCAGCUUUUCACUUUCUUCCCCUAAAUUGCUAACCGCUGAUUUACCUAACAAGAUUGCUGUUAAUGUUCACAUCAACGACGAGGAAUUCAUCUCAAGUGAGGACUCAUUAUAUUCUUGUAUUAUUAUUCAACCAGAUUUAGAGUAUGAUACAAGUAUGUGUACAGUCUUUGGGCGUGAUAGUGCUACCAAUUCAAUAACUUGCAAUUGUAACUUUGAAUCAUGGAAAAUAGAAAAUCUCAUUGUUGUUAAGGAUUUGAAAAAAUCUCGUUCACCACCCAAAUCCUCGAAACUUCAGAAUAAUAGUAGUAUCAUUAUUAUUAUUCUUUCUGUUGUUAUCCCUAGUGGAUCAUUGAUUAUUAUAUUAUCUGGUGUUGUUGCAUUGUUAUGUUGUGUUUAUUGUGUUAAGAAAAGAAAACCAAAGAUUAAUCCAUACAAUGAAAGCAAUGGCUUGCAUUCGCAUAAUAUCAAACAGCCCUCCAAAAUUAUGGAUAGCUCUUUAAUAUCUAUCCACCAAUCAGACUCGUCAAUGUCAUUACUCUAA